AUAGCAAGGUAAUUGAAGAACACACAUAAUUUUUAAUUUUUUUUUUGGUUAUUUUGCAAUGUUUAAUGAAGUCACAUUCAAGUUAAUUAUACGAUAUUUGUUGUUUAGAAUGUAUUUUAUUAGGAAUUUAAUGGUGUAUUCGUUCUUUGAUUCAUUCAAUUUGACUUGAAUUGAAAAUUAGGAUUUUUCAUAAUGAAAUUGUGGGGCACAUGCUCGGAAAACUGGUCAGAGUAUAGGUCGGGUGGUUAAACCUACAAUUUUAUAAAAUAAUUAAAAAAAAAAAAACCCUACAGUACCACUCUUUGUAAAAACAAAACAAUUCAAAUACUCGCUUCGAUUCUUCACUUUUUAAAUUACAACAAUCUCUCUCCUCUUAAGCUAUACGAGUACAGAGAAGCACUUUACAAGUGUACGUGUACACUCAAGUUCAGAUUUCUGAAUGAUAGAAUAUAAUCUAAUUGGUUAGAUAAAAAAAAAAAAAAUGGUGUUAUGGAUUUUUGGAUACGGGUCAUUGAUAUGGAAAGCAGGGUUCAACUACGAUGAACGCCUUUCUGGGUUUAUUAAGGGCUAUCGCCGUGUUUUCUAUCAAGGAAGUACUGAUCACAGAGGAACACCUGAUUACCCAGGAAGAACUGUCACAUUAGAGCCAGCUUCUCAUGAAAUUUGUUAUGGAGUUGCUUACAAGGUUUCCCAAAAGGAGGAUAUUGAAACUGCAAUCUCGUAUUUGGAGGUGAGAGAGAAACAAUAUGACCAAAAGGUUUAUUUGGAUUUUUAUACGGAAUCAACCAGUUCAACACCAGCUGUGAGCAAUGUGUUGGUAUAUGUAGCCUCUUCGGAUAAAAAGACGAAUCAAAACUACUUGGGUCCUGCACCAUUAGAGGAGUUAGCCAAGCAAAUUGUGCAUGCAGAAGGCCCCUCUGGGCCAAACAGAGACUAUCUGUUUCAGCUUGAGAAAGCACUAAUUGAACUCGGAUGCAAGGAUGCACAUGUAAUGGAUCUUGCUAGGGAAGUGAGAUGCAUUCUCUCAAAGGAGGUGAGGUGAAGAGCUCUGAGGAUGGCGAUCUUUGUGAAUUAAAAUGAAAACAUUGCUGCCUUGAUUACCUUCUGGCAAGCCCCUCAAAACUAAAUGUUAUUGCUUCAAAUAUUUGAAACAUUAUUCUCCCCAGGCCUUCGCCUAGGAAGCCAUUAAGAUACGAUCGUUGUUAAAAACACCUCUUUGUUCCAAAUAUUUACAAUUAGGGAUUGGAGCUUUUUUUUUUAGUCAGCAACUAGGUUAGUUCCUGUGCUAUGCACGGUAAUUUUAAGACUUUUAUUGGUGUAACAAUAUAAUUAUAAUUAUCGUUAGUGCUUGUAACAUAAUAAUUCGUAUUUAAUUUCAAAAAUUAAAU